AUGAGGCUGCAGCACUAUGAUGUCACGAUCCGGUACAAGCCAGGGAAAGACCUGUUACUAGCAGACGGUCUAUCGCGCUUGCCAUCAACGGAUAAUCAACAUAUUGGUCUAGACAUACAGAUCAACUUUGUUACAUUCAGCAACGAGAAACUGGUCACACUUCGACAGGAAACCUCAAGAGAUGCCAUCCUGCAUGAACUGAAAGAAAUCAUUAUACAAGGAUGGCCAGAAAAGAUGAAAGACCUACCGAGAAUGUUGCAACCAUACUGGUCCUUCAGAGACGAGCUAUCUAAUGAAGACAGGCUUGUGAUAAAAGGCAGCAGAGUCAUAAUCCCAGUUUCCAUGCAGAAACUUGUGCUCGAUCGCAUCCAUGAAGGACACCAAGGCAUCACGAAAUGCCAACUUCGAGCCAAAGACUGUGUGUACUGGACUUCAAUCAACAGAGACAUUGAAGAUAUAGUUCAGCAGUGUUCCAUAUGCCAAGAAACGUCAAGGUCACAAACAAAGGAAACUCUCAUCCCACAUGAACUACCUACACGACCAUGGCAGUAUGUUGGAACAGAUCUUUUCCAUUAUGGAGAAAAUGACUACCUGAUUAUAGCGGACUACUACUCAAACUCAGAAGAAUUUGCAACAUUUGCUUCGAACUGGGAGUUGGAACAUAUAACAAGCUCACCCCACUAUCCUCAGUCAAAUGGAUUCAUUGAAAGAAUAAUCCAAACCGUCAAGAACACCCUCGACAAGGCAAAAAGAAGCAACAAGGAUCCAGAUAUGGCAUUGUUAACACUACGUACCACACCGCUGGAUAGCAAGUUGCCAAGCCCAGCAGAGCUUCUGAACGGGAGGAAGAUGAGGAGUAACUUACCACUUCACCUGCCCACAAGGGAAGGGCAAAAACAAGAUGUCUAUGAAAACUUCAAGAAGAAGCAAGACACACAGAAGCAGUAUUACGACCGAGGAGCAAAAGACCAACAAGCACUCCUACCAGGCCAAGCUGUGCGAGUUCAAGACCACAUUUCUGGAAGAUGGACACCCGCUACAGUCGUUGAGAAAUCCCAGGAACCUCGAUCAUAUAUAGUUGAAACACAAGAUGGAGGUAUCUUAAGAAGAAACAGACGACACAUCAAACAAACUCCACAACCCAAGCAUCCACUUCCAGAUGAACACCAUGCAGAUGAACCCACUGGGACUACAGUAAAUAUGGAUAAUGAGCAAGACCAUGUGAGCAAGGCUCCUAAAGUAGUGCCUCAAGAACAAGAAUCAACUUGCGAUGGCACAAGAACAAGAAGUGGCCCUCGUAUAGCUUCGGAGGAGUGUAAACUGCCACUAGAGGCCGUCGCACCUCAGAUAGAGCAGCGAUGGCUAUCCCCAGCCUCCCCAGCUCCCCCGACAACAAAGGCAGUCAAUCAUCCUCUGAGAGACUGA